GCUGUUUUCUGCUAUUAACCCACAUUUGUCGACUCUGCACAAAUGGAUUUUUCUGAGCACGGGGAAAUGUUGAGACGACCGUCAAACGGUAUUCCGCCCCAGCCUUCUGGGGGAGCGGUUGGAGAUACAACUACUAACAAACCGCAGAACGGGAACCCGGUGCCCCAACCGCCGCCUGUAAACGAACGGAAAACUUUUUGUCCCUCGGAAAAUAAACCGUGCGAAAUGGAAGCCAGUAAAGCAUACGGGACGUUUAAAAACGCCGCACCUGGACCCACGUUUGCUCCCGUUAAUUCUGCCGUGCGCAAGGAUUCCGUCGGUAAACUGGAUGGUUCGACCGGUAAAGCCACAUCGGACUUCAUGUCUAACAAUCAAAGUGCUGUAAGGAUCGCGGUGGAGCAUAACAACACCACCGGUGACUGGACCUCCAUGAGCCAGACCACCAUCAUCCUGGGUACAGAUGGCAAUACAUCUGUUCUGCCUGGCACGGUGACCGGGGUAAGUGGUUAAGGAACUGGACUCUUCUUUCAGGAUGAUGGUGAUGAUGAUGAUGAUGGAGGAGAUGAGAAUAAGGCCCGGGGGAACUGGUCCAACAAAAUGGAUUUUAUUCUGUCCAUGGUGGGAUAUGCCGUGGGUUUGGGAAAUGUGUGGAGAUUCCCAUAUCUUGCUUUUCAGAAUGGUGGAGACUCCUGUAUACUAAGGGACAGAAACAUCACAUCAAUCAAGAACACUACAUUCUGUGUAUCUGCAAAUGCUGUCGGGAAUUUAAGUAAACUGUUAAAUAUCACAGCGGACAAUAAAACCUAUGUCAGCCCUAGUGAGGAAUAUUUCAAGUAUAAUGUGUUGCAUAUUUCGAAGGGUAUUGAAUAUCCAGGUGACAUCCGUUGGCCCCUGGCUGCUUGUCUUUUACUGGCCUGGCUUAUUGUUUAUGCCUCUUUGGCCAAAGGGAUCAAGUCCUCAGGGAAGGUGGUGUAUUUCACUGCCACAUUCCCCUAUGUGGUGUUGGUCAUCCUGUUGAUCCGAGGGGUCACUCUACCCGGAGCCGGUUCAGGGAUCCUUUACUUCAUAACACCCAAAUGGGAAAAACUUAAUGAUGCCAAGGUGUGGAAGGAUGCUGCUACACAGAUUUUCUUCUCUCUGUCUGCAGCAUGGGGUGGUCUUAUAACUCUGUCAUCCUACAAUAAGUUCCAUAACAACUGUUACAGGGAUACUCUCAUUGUGACAUGCACUAACAGUGCCACAAGUAUUUUUGCUGGUUUUGUCAUUUUUUCAGUUAUUGGCUUCAUGGCUCAUGAGCUCAAAGUCCCGAUUGAGAGUGUGGCAGAUGAAGGUCCAGGGAUUGCGUUUGUGGUCUACCCAGAGGCUCUGACUAGGUUGCCCUUGUCACCAUUCUGGGCCAUCAUCUUCUUCCUCAUGCUGCUUACACUUGGUCUGGAUACCAUGUUUGCCACCAUAGAAACUAUAGUGACGUCUGUUUCUGAUGAGUUCCCCAACUACUUGCGCAAACACAAGCCUCAGUUCACUUUGGUUUGCUGUUUGUCCUUUUUUGUGCUGGGUUUCCCCAUGAUCACUGAGAGUGGAAUGUACAUGCUUCAGCUGGUGGACACAUUUGCAGCCUCUUACUCUCUGGUCAUCAUUGCCAUAUAUAUGUUUUUGUUCAUUAUGAUGAUCUUAGGUCUACAGCGGUUCUGUGAGGAUAUUGAGAUGAUGAUUGGGUUUCAGCCAAACAAGUUUUGGAGAAUCUGCUGGGCCUUUGUCACACCAACCAUUCUCACAUUUAUUUUGGCACUCAGUCUGUACCAGUGGAAGGUGAUGACAUAUGAGGAUUACACUUAUCCGACCUGGUCUAUGGUUCUCGGCUGGCUUAUGGUCAUCUGUUCUGUCAUAUGGAUUCCCAUCAUGUUUGUUAUUAAGAUGUACCUUGCCCCUGGAUCGUUAAUUGAGCGUUUGAAGUUGGUGUGCUCUCCUCAGCCCGACUGGGGUCCAUUCCUGAUGAAACACCGCGGGGAACGCUACAAGAACAUGAUCGACCCUCUGGGCACCAACUCCCUUGGCCUCAAACUUCCCCCCAAAGAUUUCCAGCUAUCAGCCCAAUAUCAAUAAUCCUCCUCAAUUCCCUGUGAGUGUGAGAUUCCCUGAGGCCUCUGAGGGUGAGACCAGCACUCACGUCAAUCUCUUUCCCCAUUCAACCUCCCCUUUUUUCCAUAAUGUUCUCUUUCAGCCAUAUUCCCCCUCUUCUGGCACUUUUAGAGGGGUCUUUCAGGUGGAAAGCACAGACAACUCCCUAUGAUUUUGUUGUUUUCUGAAUAAUUAUUCAUAGUCAAUCUGAGAGUAGAGGUCUUUUGCGCACAUUCUGAUACACCGAUCCCAGCUGAACCUUUUUCUCAGAGGCAAUAUAGUGAUGCAGUUGCUACUGUUGAGGCAAUAUUUGACUGAUUGUGCAUCAUGCAGUGGUUGUUUUUUAAUUAUUUUUUCAUU